CUUUCGUUUUCCCGAAAGAAAGAGCCUCGCACCAAUGAGGAGCCAGGAGGGGGGCGUGGCCUCGCCAGCUUCUGCUCAAUUGUCUAUAUCUGACUCAGUUGCUGCCGUUAUUCUGAAGGGUCUGUCGGAAUGUCUCGUCAAAUCACCGCCUUGGUUAUUGGCGCAGGAAACCGAGGGCAGAAUUAUUCUUUCUAUGCUUUAUAUUACCCGGAUCGCAUGAAGGUGAUUGGCGUGGCUGAUCCUCGAGAGAUUGUCCGUAAAAAGCUACAAGACGCGCACAAGAUCCCAGCGGAAAAUGUCUUUGACGACUGGAUUGCCGCUGCGGAGCGGGAAAAAUUUGCCGACGCUGUGAUUAUCACAACUCCGGACAGACUCCAUAAGGCACCUGCAGUAGCUUUUGCACAAAAAGGAUAUCACAUCUUGUUAGAAAAACCCAUGGCGGUGACAGCAGAAGAUUGCAAAGAGAUUGUUCGGGCCUGUGAGAGGAAUCACGUUAUCCUUGCCGUGUGCCACGUGCUCCGUUACCAUCCAGUCACCCUGAAGAUCAAGGAAUUGCUAGAUGCUGGCUUGAUUGGCGACAUCUGCCAUAUUCAACAUCUGGGACCCAUAGGUUUCUGGCAUUUUGCCCAUUCCUUUGUCCGGGGCAAUUGGAGAAACGAAAGCGAAAGUUCUUUCUCUUUAUUGGCUAAAUCCUGCCACGAUAUCGACCUGAUCAAUUUUUGGAUGGGGAAUAAAAGAUGUUUACAAGUUUCCUCUUUCGGACGCCUCUUGCAUUUCACAAAAGAGAACAAGCCCAAAGGAGCUAGCACUCGCUGCUUAGACUGUUCGGUUGAAUCAAAUUGUGCCUAUUCUGCUCGGAAGAUCUACCUGGAGCGUGCAGAAAAGGGUGCUUUUAACUGGCCGGUUUCAGUGGUCUGCAGCAACGGGGGGUCUGAUAUAGAAACACUGACCGAAGCCUUGCGGCUUGGCCCAUACGGAAGAUGCAUUUACGAUUGUGACAACGACGUCGUCAGCCACCAGGUGGUCAAUAUGGAAUUUGAAGGCGGGGCGACGGCUGCGUUCACCAUGGUGGCUUUUACGGAAAAACUGGGGGAGCGAACCACCACCAUCUAUGGAACCAAGGGCGAGCUUUCCUGCAAAGGGGGAGAAGAGAUAGAGAUUUUUGACUUCCUUCAGAAAAAAAGAACUUCGUUUUUUCCCCGUUUGACGCCUGGCAUCCCGGCUUGUUUAGACGGUCACUGCGGCGCGGAUUAUUAUUUGAUCCACAGCUUCGUCUCAGCCGUAUCGGAAAAUGAUCCGUCUCGCAUAACGACAAGCGCCGAAGAGACGCUCCGUUCUCACCUCUUGGUGUUUGCAGCCGAGAAAGCCCGAAGGGAAAACCAGGUGGUGGUGAUAGAAACAGGAUCCGAAAACUCACACCCACAGCCAGCCGAUGCGCACGACAAAUGACUACAAAACCCCUGCCGGGCUGGCUCAAAACCCCAACUCUUCCCCUCAAAGCUUCUGAAGUGACUUUCUCUGUGACUACUGCGCCUAUCGUCCACUCACCAAGGAAGACCCCAAGACGGGCUGCUGCCGUCUCAAAACGUCCCUAUUUCAGAAAAAACAUUUUUCUGUUCUUCAUGCUAGAUUUCUGACUGCGGGAAAAUGCAUUUCCUUUCCCCCCCCCCCGAAAAAGACAGCUACAUUUCUGCUUGCAGUUACCGUACGCCUUAUUGAAAACUGCAGAAAAUUAACAUUUAUUUAUAAAUCGGCUAAAACUGCCAAAGCUCGUCCCCACGGCUUGGAACCGUCUCCUGGCGUUUGAACCCAAAGCUCAGUGGGUUUUCGUUUGAAUUUGGGAUUGAAUCGCGCAAACUAGGCUAGGAAGCCCCGAGUUCCAGGUCGCGCGGACUCUGCCCUGCGCACUCCUAGGCAGGCUGUUUGGUGCACGCGCUUCUUUUGAAAGAACGGGAGCCAUCUUUGCUUCAAACGGGCGAGAAUUCGGGGCGAGGUUGCGUAGUGGCAAGCCACAAUGCCGUGUGGCUAAAAAAAUGAAAAAAAUAAAA